AAUGUGCUUUUUUUUAUGUUUAUAAACAAAAAACAAUUUUUUUAAUUUCAAAUUAAUGGUUUUUAAUGAUUUUCGCAAACUAUUUAAUGUUUCUUUUGUGAUCUACGAAGAGGUAAAAGAAAAGAAUGUCAAAAAUUUUAUCUUGCGGUAUUCUAAGAUUAUUUCGAGGCAAUACUCGUUUAUCGAAUAAAUUUUUAAAGCAACAUAAAAUAUGGAACCCAAAAUUCGAAAAGCAAUACCAAACACAAAUUAUUGCGAACAGUAAAUUCAAAUUUGAUUUAGAAAAUCAUAAUAUUAGAAGUGAAAUAAGAGAUAAAGAAUAUAAGCCGUCAAAUGAUCCGGAUACUUUUGGAGGCUCGUAUUGUCUUUCAGACGAAUCGGAUGACGCAGAUGAUUUGAAGGAAGAGGAAUAUAUUAAGGAAUUACCAUCAAGGGACAAAGAAACUAUUAAAUAUGCUCGGUGCAUUAAAAGACAUUUAGAUAAGCGGCAAGUUAAGGAAGCCUUAGAUGUACUAGAAGUUGAAAUGAAAAGAGAUCGCAUACAUCCGGAUAGAUACAUUUUUAACUUAUUAAUAAGCGGAUGUGCCAAAGUUGGAUACACCCGAAAAGCUUUUAAACUAUUUUUUAAAAUGAAACAAUAUGGCUUAAAGCCUAGUGGUGGCACACUCACUUCUUUGUUUAACGCUUGCGCAAAUGCUCCAACAAUUUCUGAUGGUCUUGCUAAAGCUAAUCGUUUAAGAGAAAUAAUGAUAGAAUCCGAUUUACAACCUAAUGAGAAAAACUAUAAUGCAAUGAUAAAAGCUUAUGGUCGUUGUAAAGAUUUGUCUGCAGCUUUUCAAAUUGCUGAUGAAAUGAGGGAGAAAUGUUUCCUUAUUCAAACUGAAACAUUCAAUUUCUUAUUACAGGCUUGUGCUUCAGAUAUGGAAUUUGGAUUUCGACAUGCCCUAUUGAUUUGGCAUAAAAUGAAAAGAAACGAUGUUCGCCCAGAUAUUUAUUCUUUUAAUACAAUUCUAAGAUGUGUGAAAAAUUGUUCAAUAGGAGAUUUAGAAUCUAUGUAUGACGUCAUAAAUGAUAUAAUAAAUAAAAGUAAGAAUUUUUUAAAAGAAGGGGAAGGCGAAUUAAAAGUGAUUGCAAGUAAUGAAAAUGGAGGUUCUUGUGUUCAAACUAGUGAAUCAAACACAAAUAUUUCGAGCGCUACACAAACUGACUUAGUACUUCCUAAAGAAGUUUUUUAUGCAAAUGAUGUUCCAAAUUUGCUAUGCUCAAACCCCCAUUUAGGAAAUCUAAUAAAAAUAAAUGAGAUUCGAAAACCCGAAGAUCGAUUACUUCUAAUUGGUGGCUUUUCAGGGUUUUUAAGAGAAAUGAAAUUCAAUAAAGUAACCCCAAACAUAGAGACAUUUACAAUGCUUUUAGAGGUUAUUCCAUCAACAAAUUCCGCAGAAAAAACGUUAAUUUCGACAAUAAAAAAAGAUGGUUUAAAAGCCGACAUAGAUUUUUUUAACACCUUAAUAAAGAAACGUUGCUUACGAUUUGACUACGAUGGAGCGAAAGAGGUUUUGAAUAUGAUAAAAUCUGUAAAAUUAAAACCAGAUAUCUUUACUUAUGGCAUUCUCUCAUUAUCUUGUAAGACAAAAGAAGAAGCUAGAGAAUUAUUAAAAAAUAUGAAACAAAGAGAUAUGAGCAUGAAUACUCAAAUAUUGGGCGCAAUGCUUAAUCAAGGAUGUCGUAAUCAAGACUUCGAUUAUAUAACUGAAAUCAUGCAAAUUGCUUUGGAUGAAAAAAUUCGGCCUAAUGAAGCUUUUUUAUGCCAUUUAUCCAAAUUCAAUCAGCAGUGUGCAAAAUUGGUGAAUGUCAGACAUAAAAUUUCUAAGAGCCUAGAAUUUCAAAGAAAUUAUAAAAAAUUCAGGGAACAUUUACAUAUGUGGUAUGAAGAAAAUGGUAUUUCCGGACUAACGUUAGAAGAACAAAUUGAAAAAGUUAAAAGGAACCCUUAUAAAAAAUUUAAAGAAAAAACUAAAGCUGAUGAAAAUGAUACUGUAAAAAAGAAAAAAAUACGAAAGCAUAUUAAAAACGUCAAAUUGCAUGAUCUUAGCAUAAAUGAAAAUAAAGAAAAAGCAGAAGGCUCGUAGUAUUCUAGGUAAAUGAUUAAUAAAAUAAAAGGCUUAAUACGUUUAUCACUUAAAGUACUGCAAGUACUUUCAUUUUCAAAAUUCAACAAUUUUAAUUGAGUAAAAAUCAUAUUCAAGCUA